UCUUAGCCCAAUAUUUAUAUAGAGUUUUAUUCACGUAGGGUUUCUGCACAAUUAAUAUAAAAGUCACAUUUAGACUUCAUUAUUUUAUGUAGCUUCACUGCAUUCUUGCAUACAGGAACAUACACACACACAUACAGUAGAAUGCCCAUUCUUUAUUGUUUUCUUUCUUUUGUCUUCCCAUAUGACAAUUGCAUCUGCUUUUAAUACUCCCUGUGCACGCUUUCCACCAUCUGUUUCCUCCUCCUCCUCCUCCUCCUCCCUUCGCACUCUUCACAAAACUCAGAAGCCCCCCACUCCAUCCUGCUCCCGCUCCUGCUCCUGCACCUGCACCUGCACCUGCUGUAAUAAAAACACCACACACACACCCUCUCUCUCUCUCUCUCUCUCAUCAGGAUAAAGGAUUGGUGAAAGAAAGAAAGAAAGAAAGAAAGGGGCCUCAUCUAUCUUUGCUUGUAUCUGAAGAGCUCCCUAUUUGAUUGCCCUCGCCUUUGCUCCCCCUUUUUAUCAAAUAUCCGGAUGGGGCCUUCAUCAUCAUCUUCUUCUCCUUCUCCUUCUCCUUCUCCUUCUCCUUCGAGGAGAAGAGUAAAGGAGUAGUAUUGCUUUGUUCCCUGUCCUUUUUUGCGUGGUAUGCUCGUCGCCAAAUUGGAUUCUUUCACUGGGCAAGACAUCUAUUUUUAGGAAAAAGAAAAAAAAAAGGGAAAAAAGAAAAGAAAGGUUGGGUUUUGAUGACGGGCUUUGUGUAGGGUUGAGACUUGAGAGAGAGAGAGAGAGAGAGAGAGAAAGAGAGCGCUGCUUCUCGUUGGAAGAAAUUUCUUUAAUUUUUUUUUUUUUUUUCCUUUCUUUGUAUUUGGGGGUGGGUCGUGAUUGAGUAGAGAUGGUAGAAACGUGGUGGAGAUUUAUGUAAGGAUAGCAUUAAUUGUGUCCUACUGAUAUCUCAUACUCCGAGUACCACUCCAAUUGGUUUAGCCGAAAGGGAAACCCUAUCAUCGAUCGAAGUCGUAGCUAGUUAGAUAUAAGAGGACUCCCAAGGGUGCCGGACGGCGAAAAGAAGGAAGCUGCUGAUAAUUCCAGAAGAGAAAAGGGAAAGGACAAAAAAAAGGGGAGGGGGAGGAAAUUUGGAAGAUAAAUAAAAGGCUAUAUAUUGAUUGGGUGGUUGAAUCGAGCUCUAAGAGGUCGUUUUUCUUCCUGUUAUAAACCCAACGCAAGAGGAAGUAGACCAAGCGGAGAAGCUGGCAAGCAAGUGGUGGGAGCGAGUAGAUGUUCCCGGGAUGGCCGGAAUGGAACCCGGAGGCGGAGGCGGAGGCGGAGGCGGAGGAGGCGGAGGGGGAGGCGGCGGUGGAGACUCCUCUCGCUACUUCCAGCACCUCUUCCGCUCGCCGCCUCCAUCCCAAUCUCAAGGGGCGGCGCAGGCGCAGGCGCAAGUGCUUCAGCCGCCGCAGCUGUCGUCGCUCCACAUGCCGACUGCAGGAGAGCUAUCCAAGCCCUCCCCCGAGGGGAGCCCCACCAACCCUUCCCCCUCCUCCAACGACGGCGCCGGCGGGGACCAGCCCUCCACCUCUGCCGCUGCGGGGGGCGGCGGCGGCGGCGGCGGGAGCAGCUCGGGCGGCCACAGCCGACGCCCCCGCGGUCGCCCUCCGGGGUCGAAGAACAAGCCGAAGCCACCCAUCAUCGUCACCCGCGACAGCCCCAACGCGCUGCGCUCGCACGUGCUGGAGGUGUCGGCGGGGGCGGACGUGGUGGAGUGCGUGUCGGAGUACGCUCGUCGGCGGGGCCGCGGCGUGUGCGUGCUGAGCGGGGGCGGCGCCGUGGCGAACGUGGCGCUGCGGCAGCCCGGGGCGUCCCCCCCCGGGAGCGUGGUGGCGACGCUGAGGGGGAGGUUCGAGAUCCUGUCGCUGACGGGGACGGUGCUUCCUCCGCCGGCGCCGCCCGGGGCCAGUGGGCUGACGGUGUUCCUGGCCGGCGGGCAGGGGCAGGUGGUCGGGGGCAGCGUGGUGGGCCCGCUCAUGGCCGCGGGGCCGGUUGUGCUCAUGGCGGCGUCCUUCGCUAAUGCCGUCUACGAGCGACUUCCGCUCGAGGGCGCCGGGGACGAGGACGAAGCCGUGCCGCCCGGGGCUGCGGCCCCACCGCCCGCGCCCCCGGGGCAGGGCCAGCAGCCGGCUGCAUCCCAGUCGUCGGGGGUCACGGGCGGUGAAGGAGCCGCCGCCGGCGUCUCUUUCUACAAUUUGGGCCCCAAUGUUGGCAGCUUUCAGUUCCCUGGCGGGGACGCUUUCGGCGGUUGGGCUGGCGGCGGCGGUGUUAGGCCACCAUUUUGAUUCCGACCUUAAAUUACAUCUUGUUUAUGAAGCUUUUGUUUUCUACAAUUAAAAAGAGAGAGAGAGAGAGAGAGAGAGGAAGAGGAGGAGAUUGAGGAAGAAGAUGUUGCUCAUCGGUUAUCUUUUGUUUCAACUUGGGAGAAAAUGCAGCGAUUUGGUGAUAUCUAUCUUCAGCUACCAAUUUAAAAAAGUUUGAGGAAUCCAGAUUAUGAUAUCUUUCAUUUUGCAUGGAAGAGCUGGAGCUUUUGGAUUUGGUGCUUUCAACUUACAAGUUACUCAGGAUUUUGAAGUGUGAGAGAGUAAUUAUUUCUAGUUGUUUAUGGUGAGGUACAAGUGAUUAAGAAUUGAAGAGGAAGGGAUCAAGAAGAAGGAGCACUAAUACACAGAGAGAGAGAGAGAGAGAGAGAGAGAGAGAGAGAGAGAGCCUACAUAUAUAGCUGGAAGAGUCGGACUAACAGGCUCACAGGAGGUCACUAGUAGUAGAUUCAACGUUUCGUGCCUACACAGAUGGAUAAUUUCAGGUUUGCUUCUCUUGAUUUGCUUUGUCAUGUAAUGAUGUACUAUGUAGAUCUGCAUGUAGAAAAUGGUUCUGAUUCUCACAUCUUAAGGCCUUUUCUCCUUUGUACUUGUACUUUUUCUGUUUAGGCUAUUAGAUUUUAUUUAUGGAUACAAUUAAAUUAUCUUUAACAUC